AUGAUUUCUGAAAAAGGUGCUACGGUAUGUGGUACAUUAGGAACUGUGUGUUGGUGUGUCCAACUAAUUCCACAAAUUAUAUAUAAUUACAGAUCAAAAAAUUGUACAGGCCUUCCCCCUUUAAUGAUGUUUUUGUGGGUUGUUUCUGGCAUUCCAUUUUCCAUUUAUUUUUUGGUUUCAAAAGCCAAUAUGGCAGUUCAAGUUCAACCACAUUUGUUCAUGUUUUUUUGCUCUUUAAGUUUUAUCCAAACAUUAUAUUACCCUCCUGUCCAACUACCUAAAUGGAAAAUUUUGAUUAUAUGCUUACUUUUAAUAUCCGUAGAUGUUGGCAUGGAAGUUGGAUUUGUUUUAUGGUUAAGACCAUUGUACAGUAAGGGAAAACAUUGGCCAGAUUUAAUUUUUGGCAUUAUAGCCAGUGUUUUAUUGGCUUUAGGCUUGAUUCCACCAUAUUUUGAACUUUUCAAAAGACAAGGUGAAGUCGUUGGUAUCAAUUUCAUAUUUUUGUCAAUAGAUUCGCUAGGUGCAUAUCUAAGUAUAGUAAGUGUUAUAUUGGGGAACAUGGACACAAUGGGAAUAAUCUUAUAUGCUAUUGUUGCUGCUUUGGAAUUGGGAAUAUUUGUUAGUCAUUUCAUAUGGUGUUGUCGAUUUAAAUGGUUUGGAAACGCUGCCAAUAAAAUGGAUUGCGAUAUGGAGUCUGAUAAUAGUAACAUCAGUACGAAUAGUGGAAAGCUUGUUAAUGAUAAUGAUACUUGUGAAGAAAUAAUAGAAGACCACGCUUUACAUGGUGCUAACUUUGGUCCUACAGAAUUUGAAAAAAAUGAAAAUGAAUCUUUUAAUAAAAAAAAAAAACAAUUUAAUAUAACCGAUAUAGAGUUAUCCACUAUUUAG